AUAUAAUUGCUUGAAUCCAGGAGGUGGAGGUUGCAGUGAGCCAAGAUUGCGCCACUGCACUCCAGCCUGGGCAACAGAGCGAGACUCCAUCUAAAAAAAAAAGUACAAUGAAUAGCUGGGUGGAAAAGAUGCAUGGGGCAAGGCAUGUAGGAGGGGGUUCAGAGCCUCCAGGCCCUCCCUGGGCUUGCCACCUUCCAGGUACCCCCAUGUGUUCACAGCAGCUGGAAGCUUUUCAAAUCCUGUCCUUUUAAAAAAAUUAUUCAUAUAUAAUAGUUGUACAUGUUUUGGGGUACACGUGAUAUUUUGAUACCUAUAUACAAUAUGUAAUGAUCGAAUCAGGGUGACUGGGGUGUUUAUCACCUCAAACAUUUAUCUUUGUGUUGGGAACAUUACAAUUCUAUUUUGAAAUAUACAAUAAAUUAUGGUUAACUAUAAAUUUCCCUACUGUACUGUCGAAUACAACAACUUAUUCCUUCUAUCUAAACUGCAUUCUUUUGGGUUUCUAUGGAGUCUUCAUAUAGAGGCAUGAUUGAUGACCUCAUUGGCCACUGGUGAUCAAUUCAACCUUCAGUCCCUGUCUCCUUCCAGAGGUAGGGAGUGGGGCUGAAAGUGCCAACCUCCAAGCACAAGUUUGGCUCCCCUGGUAACCAGCCCCCAUUCAGGAGCCUCAGCCAUCAGUCAUCUCAUUAGCAUAUAAAAAGACACCACUUCAGAGUUUCCAAGGGUUCUAGAAGUCGUGUGCCAGGAAGCCAGGGCAGAAACAGGAUAUAUAUCUCUUAUUAUGUCGCAGAGUCCAGUAAAAUACGUUAGCUGGACCACUUAUUAUCCCUCUUAGUGAAACAAAAGUAGUAAUUAACAGUUAAUUUUACACAGCAGCUUUAAUAAGCACUUGAUAGUUUCUGUAAAAUAAUUUAUUGGGUUUUUCCCUAUUGUAAAAGUAAUAUAUAUAAAAGAAACCUUAGAAAGUUAGGCAAGAACAUAAAAACCACCUGUAUCCUACUUUGCUGAGAUAACUAUUACUCUUGUGCUGUUUAUCUUUCCUUCCAGACAUUUUUUGCAUACUUACAUAUAAAUAGGACCUUGCAGUACUCAUCACUUAACAAGAAGUCACGACAGAUUUGCGCAGCCUGCCGGGGGAGUGGGUGGGGUAAUGGUACAUGGCUUCUUCACCCUCAGUCCCUGGAUUUUUCAGGUGGCUUCUCUUCCUGAUCUCAAAGCCACACUCCAGCUAAGAAAAGUCUGGUGAAGACAGUGAAGAAGUUCGGAACUCAGCAAGGGUGGGGAAGAAGAUGCAGGAUAGAGGUGGAUGGAGUGGAUUCCAUGAACAGGUGGAGGUGCUGGAAGGGAAACAGUGCUGGCCUGGCCAGGUCUCCACAACUCUGCCUCCUUUGACAGGCAUGGCCCUUUCGGUGUUGGUGCUCCUGCUUCUGGCUGUACUGUAUGAAGCCAUCAAGGUUGGCAAAGCCAAGCUGCUCAACCAGGUACUGGUGAACCUGCCAACCUCCAUCAGCCAGCAGACCAUCGCAGAGACAGACGGGGACUCUGCAGGCUCAGAUUCAUUCCCUGUUGGCAGAACCCACCACAGGUGGUAUUUGUGUCACUUUGGCCAGUCUCUAAUCCAUGUCAUCCAGGUGGUCAUCGGCUACUUCAUCAUGCUGGCCGUAAUGUCCUACAACACCUGGAUUUUCCUUGGUGUGGUCUUGGGCUCUGCUGUGGGCUACUACCUAGCUUACCCACUUCUCAGCACAGCUUAGCUGGAGCAUCGCCCAUUGGACUUCCUGACCUCUUCUGUCUUUGAGGGACAAAGACCAAGCUAGAUCCUUUUUCUCACCUUUCUGCCUUUCGAACACAUGAAGAUCAUCUCGUCUAUGGAUCAUGUUGACAAACUAAGUAUUUUUUAUUUUUCCCAUUGAACUCCUAGUCGGCAAUUUUGCACAUUCAUACAAAAAAAUUUUUAAUGAAAUGAUUUCAUUUUAUUCAUGAUGGAUGGCAGCAACUGCUGAGACCUAUUUCCCUUUCUUGGGGGGAGAAUAAGUGACAGCUGAUUAAAGGCAGAGAGACACAGGACUGCUUUCAGGCUCCUGGUUUAUUCUCUGAUCGACUGAGCUCCUUCCACCAGAAGGCACUGCCUGCAGGAAGAAGAUGAUCUGAUGGCCGUGGGUGUCUGGGAAGCUCUUCGUGGCCUCAAUGCCCUCCUUUAUCCUCAUCUUUCUUCUAUGCAGAACAAAGAGCUGCAUCUAAUAAUGUUCAAUACUUAAUAUUCUCUAUUUAUUACUUACUGCUUACUCGUAAUGAUCUAGUGGGGAAACAUGAUUCAUUCACUUAAAAUACUGAUUAAGCCAUGGCAGGUACUGACUGAAGAUGCAAUCCAACCAAAGCCAUUACAUUUUUUGAGUUAGAUGGGACUCUCUGGAUAGUUGAACCUCUUCACUUUAUAAAAAAGGAAAGAGAGAAAAUCACUGCUGUAUACUAAAUACCUCACAGAUUAGAUGAAAAGAUGGUUGUAAGCUUUGGGAAUUAAAAACAAAUACGUUUUAGUAAAUAUAUAUUUUUAAAUAGUC